GCUGGUUGAAAGCCGAGAUGAGGCGCUUUACUUUACUGCUGUGAGACUGAAGAAACGUUAUUUAGAUAGAUUAGCUUGCUACUUCGUUAUAAUAGACACAUUUUAAUCGCUUAAUGUCUGCCACAUGUUAGUUUUCAAGCUGUCGAUAGCUAGAGCUCUCUUAGCUUCUCCGCCUAGCUAAAAUUAGCCUGUGCUUUUUACUGCAGACGGUAGUGUUGAUAUAGCAGCUAACCAGCGUUAAGGUGCUUACUGUCCGCUAAAUAAAGAGCAUAGUCAGCUCUGUCAUUUUACAAACAAUGGACCGACCGUCAAGGAGGGCAAAGAUUGUAAAUUACUGCGAAGCCAAGGACUUCGAUGAUGAUGAGGACUUUGCCUGUGUGAAGGCACCACCCAGCAAAAAGGCCAGGGAGGACGUCAAGCAUGAACAAAAGAAAUCGUCAAGCAAGUCCUCUAGUCAGGAGACCACCUCACAAUCCACACUGAGCCAGAAGAGCAGAAAGCCGCUGGAUGAAAAGCUGUAUGCAAGAGAUCUUGAAGCAGCCAUUACACUUUCCUUGCUCAAUAAUGCAGAUGAAAUAAAGGAAGUAAAGUCUCCCACCAGUAAAGGAGAUGUUACAGUUCAACUCCCAGUAGAUGAAAACACAGAUCCAGCUUCUUUGCUCCUGUCCAACUGCAGUGUGGAUGGUGCAGUUAUGGGCCUUGAUCAAAUCACAUCAGACAAAGGCUCACCUGCUCCAUCCAAACAGAGAAAGGCUGCCUCUAAAGCCUCUGAGGAGCUGAGAAAAAAGGAUAAAGAUGAUGAAGAUGAGGACUAUCAACCCAAACUGACACCAGAUUCAGAAAGUGAGGAAGAUUUCAGCGAGCCAGCUGAGAGCGAAGAUGAAGAAUUUACGGUGAAGAAAGUCACUAAGACCAAAAAGAAGGAGAAAGUAACCAAGAAUGAUAAAACCAAACCGACUUCUGCUUCUAAAAAGGAAAAGCAAACAUCAAAACCAUCAAAGUCUAAAUCACCAGCAGCAGCAGCUUCCACCCCGGUUAGAAGUCCUCCCACUGCCAAACUUGCACCUAAAAGACCUGCUUCAUCCUCCACAGUUUCCACAUUGAAAUCUGCAGUUUCUGUGAGCCCAGCAGGGGGCAGAAUACCCAAGUGGAACCCACCAGCUCAAAUUGGCAAAAGUCCCACAUCAUCCAAGAGUCCAACAGGGAAGUCUCCAGGUCAGGGUCUGCGACUCGGACUGUCCCGUCUUGUUCGAGUCAAACCUCUUCACCCCAGCGUGGCGAGUCACUGACUGAGCUGAUCAUCUGCCAGCGAAGGCCAGAUGUUUUUGUCCUUUUGCUUUAUUUUUAAGCAGUUGCUUGUAAAUAUUCAUUUCUCAUUUUCUUAAUUUGUACGAGAACACAGAUGAAAUAAUUCCCACAGCGUAUAUCUUCACAUGAUGCUUUCAGCUUUGGCCUCACACGCCACACCUUGAAUUGUUAGUUCUCUAGUCUGGGAGCAGCUGUAGGGUGUUUCUUUUGUUCACUCUGGAGGCUGAACUCAUAGAAUAAUCUCACAUUUCCUUGUCGUCACUGCAGUAAUUCUUCUCUCCUCUCAGUGUGAGUUCACAGCUCAGAUUCAGGAUAAACUGUUGUGGUUUUGUGUGGCAGGAAGAAAAGUGUGAAUAGUCUCUGUCACAUUUAGUUUUUAUUAUAUCAUCUUAAUGCCAUUCAAAAUGAGUUUUGUUUUUCAUUUUACACUUUGUCUGCAAACUUUGUAUAUUGUGUAUAUAAAAUAAAAUGUAAAAACAGUUUAA